AUUAUCUCCUACAGGACAUAGAUAUAUCAGUCAAGCUGCAGCUAAAAUUGAUGUGGAUUUUGAUUAUGAUGGACCUUUAAUGAAGACAGAAGUUCCUGGACCACGAUCUCGGGAACUAAUGAAGCAGCUGAAUGGAAUUCAGAAUGCCGAAGCUGUGCACUUCUUCUGCAACUACGAAGAGAGCCGAGGGAACUACCUUGUGGAUGUGGAUGGCAAUCGCAUGCUGGAUCUCUACUCUCAGAUUUCAUCCAUCCCGAUAGGUAGGAAACAGCUGUACCAAAAGUUUUGCUGUGUCCUUUUGUUCUCUCAGCUGCUACCAAACAAGUUGGUUAAUUAACAGCAAUCCAACAAAAGGCUGACAUAAUGUAUGCCUCGCUGUACUCAGGGUACCACCCUGCUGUGUAUUCUGCAGUGCUGUUUUUGAACAGCUGGGGAAACAGGGUUAAAAAUGCAGUCCUUGUGGCUCACUUGGAGCACAGAGCGGUAUCUGGAAGAAGCUCUAAUAUUAAUUUGUAUUUGCCAUUGCAUGGUUUAGCUUUGUCUGCUUGGAUUUAGGUACCUUGUGAUUCUGUAAUAGUAUGUUACGUUUUUGAACAUUAAUAUAAUAAAUCUAACUUAAAGACAUUAACAUGAAAGCAUGUUCUGCACUUGAGCUAACCUUUCUUUCAUGAGAGAGCUGAAAAGAGGAGUGGGCCAUGUGGACUCCAGUGGGAUUUCAUCAUCCAUUUAUACAUUUUGAUGCAUUCAUUCAAUGUCGUGUCACAUAUUAAGGCGUGGGACAUUGUUGAGUUUCAUAGUUUGAAAGGAGUAGAAAAUUAAGUGAACAAAAUUCAUGUCUUCAAAACAGUUUUUCCAGGCUAUUUAUUUAGUUGAGUGUGGAUUUCUUCUCCUGAAAUCCCGUUGACUUAAAACAGGAUUUUGACUGGUCUCUUUUAGUUCAUUUCCUCCUCUCCUAAUGAUUGCUGAACUUUUAUCAAAGCGAAUAUU